AGCCAUCAAACAGAAAAGAGGUGAAAUUUUAUUUUCGUUUUCUGUUUUACCCUCAAAAAGCGAAGGCAAAAGGACAGGGCAGGAAUACAGGCAGCAAAACGCGACACCCGCCUCGUAAGCAACCUGUACGGUGGCACGUUGUGAUUGCAUUCCGCACCCUCGAUUCCAAAGCAGCAGCAGCAUCAGCACUACCCAAACAAUUUCGGGUCGAACCGUGCAACCAGCAGCAGCAGCAGCAGCACCCCUCAUAUUCAUCAUCGUCAUCAUUAGCAACGCGCAAAACCCGUCCGCAAAGGGUGGACGGACGGAGGGACAGACGAACUCAAGAGGGUAAAAGCGCAUUCGUGUUUUGGGUGAACGCUGCACCAUCGUUUUUUGGGACUGCCAGAACUGGGGACGAUCGUGCUAAUCUACCGUACGGUACAGCUGAUAGGCACACCAGCACACCAUUAGGUUGGAGUCAUCCCGCUUUUCACCAAACGCUGACAAAGAGAUGGAUCGAAAUAUGGUACGGCAGGGAGGCAUGUCGAUGUCACCGGGCGUGAUGCGAAGACCGGGCGGCAUGGGCGGCCGGGAUAUGCAUCCACAGAAUCACGCCCCGUCCUACCAACCACAGCAAAACCUGGUGUCGGCCACGGCCGGUGCCAUGCUGAACAAUGGCGGCAGCAGUAAUGGGCCACCGCCGCCGUCGUCGGUGGCGCCUCCUUCGGCGAUGCAUCCGGUAAUGCACCCGAUGCAGCAGAACCAGCAGCAGCAGCAGCACUCACAGCAAGUGCACCAGCAGCAGCAGCAGCCACAGCAGCCACCGCAGCAAACCGCACAGAUUCAACAUUCGCAGCAUGACGAGCUCAUUCGAUACAUAAACGAAGCAUGGAAUAGUAUAACUACCGACAAGAGCCAAAAGGCGCCAGUAUUCUACAAGAGUGGCACGGAGCCGCGAUUGUCCGGAUUCACACCAUUCGAUCUGGAGCGCUGGUGGGGCCAGAGGAUGGUACAUCACAUCAACAUUGGCUCACACGGACACCAGUGAGUGGUGCACGCAAGUGUACGAACAGGGGAAUGG